GGUACACGGGCCGAUUUGGAACAGAUCGCUGUUUUCCUGCAUGCUUCGUGACAUCUUCAGUUGCUCCGCACUGGAGCCUGCCGCACUUCUACAGCCGACAGGAAUAGAGCUUCCAAGCAUCGCGAAUACGAACGUGCAUUUUCUGAAGCACAGGGUAUAUGGGGAUGAGGCACCCUGGACAUCCCACCAUCGUUAUCGAUAGGAGUGUUUCGUUAUCGAUAAGAGUGGGCCGAGGGCCCCGCACCCUUAGACCUCCGUCAACUUUCCUAGUACCUGUGCGGCAUGCUUGAUCUUUGUAUUUCCUUGAACAGAAGACCGAAUUUCUCAAUCGAUUCCGUCGUCAUGGUCGAAGGUGCCCCCGCAUACGGUACAGUCGCACAUCUGCUUCCCCAGACGUACAAGAGGCUAGUGGCGGAAUGGCUUGAGGAGGAUACCCCCAGCUUCGACUACGGGGGCUUCGUGGUCGGAGAGGAGAUCGCCGAAGCCAGGCUUUUGGGGAAGAGCGAGGGAAUUGUAGCGGGUGUACCCUUUUUCAAUGAGGUGUUCCGGCAAUUGGAUUGCACUGUUGAGUGGCAUAUAAAAGAGGGCGAGGCUUUCACCCCCGUCAAGCACUGCGCAACAGUGCGGGGUCCCGUGCGGAAACUCCUCCUGGGUGAGAGAGUGGCGCUCAAUACGCUCGCACGAUGCUCAGGGAUAGCCACCAAAUCCUCGCGACUUCUUGCUUUACUGCGGAAAGCAAGAUAUAAGAACAUUCUUGCCGGAACACGAAAGACCACUCCAGGGUACCGUCUCGUGGAGAAGUACGGCAUGCUCGUUGGCGGUGUGGACGCCCACCGUGUAGACCUUUCGUCGAUGACGAUGCUCAAAGACAACCACAUAGUGGCUGCGGGAAGCAUAACGAAUGCCGUGCGAGCGGCCAAAUCAGCAGGCGGCUUCGCCAUCAAGGUGGAAGUAGAGUGCCAGAGUUUCGAGGAGGCGGACGAAGCAAUUGCUGCGGGCGCCGAUAUUGUCAUGCUGGACAACUUCACGGCAGAUGGGGUCAAGGUCGCCGCUGCACAACUAAAAGAUAAGUGGGGCAGAGGGCAAGGCGAGAGAAAGAACUUCUUGGUCGAGGUCAGUGGAGGCUUGACGGAGGAGAAUGUCGAGGCGUAUGUGUGCGAUGAUGUGGAUAUUGUGAGUACGAGCAGUAUCCACCAAGGGGUGAAGCACGUCGACUUCUCCCUCAAAAUAGUGCCGAAGGGCAAAGAGGAUGAGAAGGAGGCUGGUGAGAGCCUGGAAGUCUGAGUUGCAGAUAACAUGGGGUUCCUCAAGAGAGAUGUGGUUAGGCAUAGCGAUUCCUGUCUAGGCUAGCGCCUCGGGCAUAUAAGCCCAGCCUGUGUAGAUACUACAGUAAACCUCCCAAAACCGAACACUUUCCAAC